AUGGUUACUACGGAGAAACAAAAGACCAAUUUAGACGAUGUUCUGGCAAAGUUUGGCAUGUUUCGACCCUAUCAUGGUCAGUUAUGUUUGUACCUUGGUCUGGCCUAUGCCUCAAAUAUUGCCUACUCCUCAAAUUAUAUCUUCGCGGCAGAAGAAGAUGGGUACAGAUGCGCAGACGCAGAUUUUAUCAACAAUACAUGCGGUGUUAUAAAUUCAAAGAAGUGUGCGGAAUUCAUUUAUGAGAACUCUAAUAGUUUUGUUGCCGAAUUUCAGUUAGCAUGUCAAGAUUGGAAGAGAACGUUGGUGGGAACCGUGCAUAGUCUGGCAUAUAUGCUUGGUUUAUUAUUUGUUGGCCCCUUAUCUGAUCGGAUUGGCAGAAAGCCUAUGAUAGUAAUCACCGGAGUGCUGGGCGGCAUCCUGGGCAUAGCCAAGAGUUUUGCUACAUCAUAUUGGGUGUACAUUGUGCUAGAGUUCCUUGAAUCGGCCUUUGGGGACAUUUAUUCACCCGCCUAUAUACUAAACGUUGAAAUCGUUACCAACACGCAAAGGGUCCCGUACUUCGCAAUAGCUAACAUUGGAUACUGUGUAGGGGCUGUAUACAUAGCUUUAAUAGCUUGGUUAUUACCAUAUUGGCGUAACUAUUUGAGAGUACUAUAUUCACCGGCGUUACUAUUCUUCUUUUAUUUUUUUCUGAUAGACGAAAGCCCAAGAUGGUUAUUAUCAAAAGGUAAAAAAGCACAAGCAGUAAAGAUAAUAGAAAAAAUGGCAAAGAAAAACAAAAUAACGAUGGAAGAGAAUGAAUUAGAAAAACUUGCUUGUGAGGUUGAGAAAAAAGAAGAUAUCAAAUUUUUUGCAGUUUUGAAAAACACAUUUAGUUCCAGAACUUUGAUUCAAAGGUUGUUAGUGUGUGUUGUUUGGUGGAUGACAUCAACGUUCGUUAACUACGGGAUGUCAAUCACAUCAGUUUUACUACAAGGAGAUAAAUACAUAAAUUAUGCUUUAGUAGCUAUAACUGAAGUUCCUGGGAUUUUUUUAGCAAUGUAUGUGCUGAUGAACUAUCGGCGAAAGUAUCCUUUGAUUGGGUCAUUUUUCUUGGCUGGAUUAUUUUGUAUUGGACAGCCCUUUUUACCCAAUAAAUUAGCCUGGCUCUCGCUAUUAAUGUUUAUGAUUGGAAAGUUGAUGGCGUCUUUAUACUUCAAUAUAACAUAUAUAUACACCUCAGAGUUGUUCCCAACUUACACGAGAAACUCAAUGCACGCUAUAUGCUCUUCACUAGGCAGGAUCGGUUCCAUUGUUGCACCGCAGACUCCGCUUUUGGCAGUCUACUGGGAUGGCCUGCCAUCGUUAAUAUUUGGUAUUGUAUCAAUAGUAGCAGGAUUAUUGACUUUCUCAGUUUCGGAUGUUGCCAAUAUUUCAUUACCGGAUACGGUUACAGAAGCAGAAGCUAUCGGAACUAAAGUGCCCGACAAAAACAAAACAGAUGACACUGUGCUGUAA